AAAGAAUUCCUAAGUAGACUAACAUUACGAUACAGGAAAUAUACUGAACUUUUGGAUGAAUAUCUACUAAUAUAGACGAUAUAAAUCCAAUAUGAACCAGCCAAGUCAGUCAUAGAGAAGAUGUUGUCAUUGAGAGGGAAUUGAUUUACCGAACGAUGCGUUUGCCGUUUUGGAUUUGUGUAUUAUUAUGGCAAGUUGCAGAAAUAAGAGCUUCAUGUAGUGGAACACCAUGUCAAAACAAUGCAACAUGCACUGAUGGUARCAAUGGAACAGUAUGCACAUGCAUUCAAGGGUUUACUGGAAGCAAGUGUGAGGUCAAUGUUGAUGAUUGCGCAAGCAAUCCUUGUUUCUUUAAUGGCACUUGUACCGAUGGAAUCAAUGCUUAUUCUUGCAAAUGUAAAGAUGGCUUUGUAGGCAAUCAAUGUGAAGCAGUUGUCAAUAAGUGUCUUUAUAAUUUGUGUCAAAACCAAGCAACUUGUCAGAAUUUUCAAGAUGGUAGUUAUAAAUGCUUGUGCUCACCAGGAUUUACAGGUCAACAUUGCGAAGUCAACAUCAAUGAAUGCAACCAAUCACCACCACCCUGUGGGGCKGGYGGCUCAUGUGUCGAUGGAGUCAAUGGUUUUACCUGUACUUGUCAAACGGGUUAUACYGGUACUCUAUGUAAUGUCACCAUCAAUGAUUGUGUUGCAAWGCCAUGCCAAAAUGGUGCUACUUGCAUCGACGAACUUAGUGG